AUGCCGUCUUCGGAAUACACUGCGGCCAGCGGUGGUGCUCUGAAGCUCAAAGGCGGCGGCGUUGACAAGAAAAAGAAGAAGAAGAAGAAGCCAAAGACUACCGAAUCUACAAAACCCUCUGAAGACACAUCCAUCGACGUCGCGAAACGAUCCACUACCGACAAUGACGCGCACAAGUCACCUUCAGGCACACCUGGCCGCUCAAUCUCGCCCGAGGCCGUAGAAAGAUCGAUACGAGAGGGCGGUGGAAGACAGAAGACGGAGGCUGAAAGGCGACACGACGAGAUGCGAAGGAAGAGGCUGGAAGAGAGAUUGAAGAAGGAAGGAGUGAAAACACACAAGGAGAAGGUAGAGGAGCUGAACAAGUAUCUGAGUGGACUGAGCGAACACCACGAUAUGCCCAAAAUCGGACCUGGCUAA